GCCGUGCUCUACCAAUUGAGCUACAGAGGACCACAUUUAAGUGUUUGACAUUACAUGUAUAAUGUAGCCACAGGUCAAAUUAGAAACGUUUGUUUCCAAGCUGUAUUUUCAAGUAACUAUUAUAUUUUAAAUUCUCACAGUUGCUUGUCAUAGUCCAACAAUAUAUUUGAAGAAGACUACUUUCAUUAUUUUCUAUUGUCCAUUUUGGGCAGUUACCAAAUAUAAAUAUUUCCCCUAAUUGUUUUAUUCUCCACCCCAGGCGACCAACCUUAUGUCAAGCUCAGUGACAUGGGGAGACCCCAAACUUCCAGAUUCUGGUUACUUGUCCUCUGCUCCUCCAGUCCCCAAACCACCAGUCAUCCCCAAGACUGUCGACUAUGGACAUGGACAUGGACAUGGUAGGGGAAAGAAACAUGAAAUGGAGAGCAGGGUUGGGCUCAAUUCCAUUUCAAUUCCAGUCAAUUCAGAAAGUGAACUAAAUUCCAGUUCCAAUUCCAAAAGUUCCUCAUUUUUUUAAAAAGGCAAUGAAGAGAAUUGGAAUUUCAGUGUACUUCCUGAAUUGACUGGAAUUUUCUAUAUUUUUCUCUCUUUCAGACCUUGGUGAUGCCACGGUGGAGCGGAUCUCUUACGGUGAGAGGAUUGUGUUGCGGCCCGAUCCCUUACCUGACAGAGAGAGGGAGAGGAGCUAUGAAAAAGGUGAGUUGAUAUUUUAUUUUUGGAUGGUGAUCAUUUUUGACUUACUAGCGUUUGGUUUUGCAGGUAGCAGCUAAUUCUGAACAAGGUUUUUACUUGGUUGUUUGACCUACUUUAAUUGAAUACACUGUCUAUCUGAAUAAGGUCCGCUAGAUCACUAAAGCGUUACUGUCAACAGUGACAUGGGCGGGGUUCAUAUAUAUUUCCUGAGCCAGUCCGUAGAUCCGUUGGCAGAGCGUGACGCUUGCAACAUCAAGGGUCAUGGGUGUGCGAUUCCCACACUGGGGCCACCAAUACGUACAAAUGUAUGCACACAUGACUGUAACUCGCAUUGGAUAAAAUAAAAUUAAAAGGUCUGCUAAAUGGCUGAUGCUAUAUUAUUGUUAUUCUAACGAUAUCCACCUUUCCCCUAUAGAACCCCUUGGCCCCCUGAGAGAGAGAGACCCUUACCACAGAGACAUGUACUACGACAGACGACCGGUAGACCCCUACACGGAGCGCAGGGAGUACGGCAGGGAGAUGUACAGAGAAAAACCUCCCGUGGACUUUGAAAGAGAACGAUUUGAGAGGGAACGCUUUCCGCCUCGAGAUGACAGGUAUACCUGGUUACAUUCAGUAGGGGUUGAGCUUAGAAAUGGAAGAACUAGAUUGAUCAGUCAAUCAAUCAAAUAUUUUUUUUUUAAUAAAGCCCUUUUUUACCUCAGCAGUGCUUUUACAGAAUGCUAUGUAGAACUACCAAGCCCCUGUACGUGGGUAACAUUUCGUUUUUGUGUUCUGUUCUUGCUGCUUCAAGCAAACAUUCCAUGGGUGUUGAUGAAACGUAUUAUCACACUGUUACUGUGACAGUCCAGCUGGUUACACUGUGACAGUCCAGCUGGUUACACUGUGACAGUCCAGCUGGUUACACUGUGACAGUCCAGCUGGUUACACUGUGACAGUCCAGCUGGUUACACUGUGACAGUCCAGCUGGUUACACUGUGACAGUCCAGCUGGUUACACUGUGACAGUCCAGCUGGUUACACUGUGACAGUCCAGCUGGUUACACUGUGACAGUCCAGCUGGUUACACUGUGACAGUCCAGCUGGUUACACUGUGACAGUCCAGCUGGUUACACUGUGACAGUCCAGCUGGUUACACUGUGACAGUCCAGCUGGUUACACUGUUACUGUGACAGUCCAGCUGGUUACACUGUUACUGUGACAGUCCAGCUGGUUACACUGUGACAGUCCAGCUGGUUACACUGUUACUGUGACAGUCCAGCUGGUUACACUGUGUGUUACUGGGACUAGUCCAGCUGGUUGGUGUGGCCUUGUGAAUAUUGCUCUAGGCGUAGGAGUGCUGGUCCAGGAUCAGGUCCUCCGUGUCCAUAUAAUUGUAUUUAUUAUGAUCUGAAAGGGGAAACCGAUUCCAAGAUCAGCUCCCCCGUUCUAAAAGUCUCUCUGUAAAUAUGGGUCCAGAUAUGCAGUGUUCUGAUCCUGUCCAUCUCUCCAGACCACCCCCCGGCCAUCCUCCACCUCGUCCUGGCUACAGGGAGAGGGACUUGAGGGAGGGCAGCCGGACCAGUAGAGAUGGAGAGGAUCCUUAUGGAAGGCCUGGGGGUUAUGACAGACCCCCGUACGAGCGCGGGCCUGAGCGCUAUGACCAUGGUGCUUCACCAUACGGUAAGACAGACUUGGUGCAAUGCAAAAUGUCUCGGUAUGUGAGUGGGGUUGAUUUGUACUAUGCAAAAAAAUGUACAGUCCAAAAGAAAAAAAGUGACUAAAGCUACAGAGACUUUGUAAAGUAUUCAUACCCCUAGACUUAGUCCACAUUUUGUUGUUACAGCCUGAAUUCAAAAUGUACAAUAAUCUCACCCAUCUACACACAAUACCCCAUAAUGAUAAAGUGAAAAUGUUUUUUUUUUUUUUUUUUAUGUUACUAAUUUAUUGAAAAUGAAAAACCGAUAUCUCAUAAGUAUUCACAUCCCUGAGUCAGUACUUUGUAGAAGCACCUUUGGCAGCGAUUACAGUUGAGAUUUCUACAUCUGGAUUAUGCAAUAUUUUCCCAUUAUUUUCAAAAUUCUUCAAGCUCUGUCAAAUUGGUUGUUGAUCAUUGCUAGACAACAAUUUUCAGAAAAACUCCCCAGUCAAUGUUUUGGAAUAUUUUUUUAUUCUGUACAGGCUUCCUUCUUUUCACUCUGUUAAUUAGGUUAGUAUUGUGGAGUAACUACAAUGUUGUUGAUCCAUCCUCAGUUUUCUCCCAUCACAGCCAUUAAACUCUAACAGUUUUAAAGUCACCAUUGGCAUCCUGGUGAAAUCCCUGAGAGGUUUCCUUCCUCUCCUGCAACUGAGUUAGAAAGAACGCCUGUAUCUUUGUAGUGACUGGGUGUAUUGAUACACCAUCUAAAGUGUAAUUAAUAACUUCACCGUGCUCAAAGGGAUAUUCAAUGUCUGCUUUUUAUUUCUACCAAUCUACCCUUCUUUGCGAGGCAUUGGAUAACCUCCCUGUUCUUUGUGGUUGAAUCUGUGUUUGAAAUUCACUGUUCGACCGAGGGACCUUAAAGAUAUUUGUGUGUGUGGGGUACAGAGAUGAGGUAGUCAUUCAAAAAUCAUGUUAAACACUAUUAUUGCACAGUGGGUUAUGUGACUUGUUAACCACAUUUUUACUCCUGAACUUAUGUAGGCUUGCCAUAAAGGGGUUGAAUACUUAUUGACUCAAGACAUUUCAGCUUUUCAUUUUUAGUUUAUUUGUAAAAAAAAAAAAAAAAAAACUUCAACAUUAUGAGGUAUUGUGUGUAGGCCAGUGACAAAAAAAUCUCAAUUUAAUCCAUUUUAAAUUCAGGCUGUAACACAACACAAUGUGGGAAAAGUCAAGGGGUGUGAAUACUUUGUGAAGGCACUGUAAAUGCUGAAAACACUUUUGGUUUUAACAAUGAAAAAUUGUAUUUGAGACGGCAACUUCCAUCGUCCAAUUUUCAGUUGGUCAUCUUUUCAUGCCUCUUGGUUGUAAAGUGAUGUAGCGACACUGACUGUCCUGUCCUGUGGUCCAGGUGAACGGAGGAGUUACCCAGAGGAGAGAGGAGGAGGAGUAGGCCCCACGUCGUCCCACCCUCCUCCUCCCCCACCACCAGCUGCUCCUCCUUCCAGGGUCGAGAAGAAACCAGAGACCAAGAACGUGGAGGACCUUCUCAAACUACCAGGCCGAGACACACGUCCAGAAAGGGUGAAGGAAAAAAAAAAAUGGCUUCUCACUCACUUUACACUUCACCACAGAUGAUCUGUUUUAUAUUGACCUGAUACUGUAGUGGCCACUAAUAAUGAAAGGACGUCUUCAAACAUGGAAGGUAGUCGGGAGGAGGCGAGAUCAGGUGGGACCAUUCUAGCCAAUGAGAGGGAAGAUGCACGUUUGAACAACCGGCACAACUCAGAUGUCGCGUGUCCUACUUUUAUACAAGUACAAUCGUAACAACCUAAGCAUUACGAGACAUCUAUUCGAUCAUGUAGCAAAUAAGGCAUUACAUUUUUUUGUUGUUGACCAGAUUCGACACUCAUUGACCUCCUGGUGGUGGGGGGGGAAGAACAACAACCGCCACCUGCUGGACAGAUUCGGCCCCAGUUAUCUCUUCCUCUCGGACUUAAUGGGACACACUCUUUUCACGCCAUUUCGCCCCGGUGGGCGGUGCUAUACGUCACGGGUGGGCGUAGAUGUUCAUUGUUGAGAACUAGCCGAGCGCUCGCUCAUGUCCAGAACGUGGAAUCUAUUCAACUCUAAGCCAUAUGGCGCAUUUCCACUGAGGAUUUACCCCAGUGUUUUACCCAAAAGGCUCAAGACUUUUCUCCGUAGGCCGGCACCCAUGUCUCACUGGGCCAUGGCUCCGGGCAGACCUGCUCUAACUUGGGGGGCAAGGCCACUCUUGCUUUUUUUGGCGCAGCAUUUACAUAACAAUGGCUAACUGUGAAACAUGGGUUUAUACCUUUUUUUGAUGGUUAACACCUCACAAAGCAACUGUCUUGAUGAUGCAGAGAGUUGAUUCGACGGAAACACAAUUUCCCAUAACACCAGGGUGUAAAACACUAGUGUAACACUGGUGUUACUGUGGAAAAGCAGAAAAAAGUACAGGAUAAGUCUAACUACAGUAAUGGAAGGAAUGGUUUCAUCACGGCAGCAACAAAGAUGAAGUGAACAAACGUAAUCGCUGAAUUCACGUUAUGUUUGCUAUUUCAUGCAACUACAGAAUAGAAAGAAUCUAAACAAAUGAUUUUUGUAUUCAAAUUUCGUUUAAAGUUGAGAGAAAUGCCUCGAGGAUAAUAUGGUAAAGUUGGCCUGUCCAAAACAGUUUUUAAUAAAGCCAGCAAACUGGUGGAUUUAUACUUUCUAGUUUAACGUCUGCCAAAGACUUGGGAAAUGAACAGGGAUGACUGACAGACAGGAUGUGGAACGUUAGCUAAAACGACUGGUACCCAGACUACAGUCGGGGGGGAGGGGGGGGGUUCUUGGUUGAACGUGGACGCGCAUCGGACAGUCCUGAACCCAUAGAGAGAAAUAGACUCAUCUUUGUAUCUGUGUCAUUUUAUAGCGUCUUUGACAGCAUGAGCAGCGCCAUUGAGAGCAGUUCUCUUCUUCACGAUUGGUUGAUCCCUCCUGGUGACCCGGUUGGACAUGACUCCCAACAGGGUCAUCAGGAGGGAUCAACCAAUGAAGUUGGAAGUCCCACCCAGUUGGCUACGUUAAAAGUGGUGGAAGCCCUGAAUGGCGCGGCCCAUGCUAAUGUCGUUUUGGCCACUAGAGGCCACUAUCAUUCUUUGUUUGAAAGCCCCGCCCACCUUGACUUAUAGCACCGCCCACCGGGCGAAAUGCAGUGACAAGUGUGUCCCCUGACUUAAUUCACCGACUUCCUUAUUCAAUUCAAUACAAUUUAUUUACACUUCAUUCACUUACUUUCCCAUUCAAUUCGAUACAACUUUACAGGUUCAAUAAAGGUUAAGCGUCUUGCUCAUGGGCACAUUGACAGAUUAUUCACCUAGUCGGCUCGGGGAUUCAUUUUACAUUUUACAUUUUAGUCAUUUAGCAGACGCUCUUAUCCAGAGACUUACGGUUAGUGAGAGCAUAUAUUAUUAUUAUUAUAUAUUUUUCAUACUGGCCCCCCGUGGGAAUCGAACCCACAACCCUGGCAUUGCAAGCGCCACGCUCUACCAACUGAGCUCCACGGGACUUAACCAACAACCUUUUUUCGGUUACUGGCCCAACGCUCUUAACCGGUUAGGCUACCUGUCCCUCUCAGGGACAAUUUAAAAAAUGCGUUGCCAGGAUAAUCAAAUCCUCACCCUGUAGGUCAAUACAGGUACAACAAGAGUACUGUAGUAGCGUGGUGCUUGCAACGCCAGGGUUGUGGGUUCGAUUCCCACGGGGGGCCCAGUAUGAAAAUGUAUGCACUCACUUAACUGUAAGUCGCUCUGGAUAAAGAGCGUCUGCUAAAAUGACUAAAAUGUACAAAAAAUAUCACAUAUCCCCGCAGCAUAUUCCCAGAUACAUGUCUACUGUAUAAGUGAGUUCCAUAACCUCUGUGAUGGUGUUUUCUCAGAUUGUCAUCAUAAUGAGAGGGCUACCAGGAAGUGGUAAAAGUCAUGUAGCCAAGCUGAUAAGGGUGAGUAGAACCUAACGUUACAAUCGUCUGAGCUUCGCUGUUCUGUUGUGGUAAUAAUUACUCAUCUGGGAUGAAAUGUUCUUUCCAGUCAUGCGUUUCCUGUUGACCAGUAGCACCACUGGAAGGGAAGAGUAUUGCUCUAGACCAGUGGUUCCCAACCUUUUUUUUUUGGAUACUGUACCCCUAAAACACUUUGACCUGCCUGAAGUACCCCCUUGCGCGCGUGCGACCGGCGUGAUUCCUAAAUUAGGUGUACAUUUGACAGGGAAGUAGGAGUUGAACUCCACUGUUGAGUUUGGAUAAAUGUGAGCUUACUAUCUGCGCCAUGAGAUCUCUGUCAACAUCACCUGUAAAAAAGGUACUGUAGGUGUCAAGCUGCUGCAAACAACUUAUAUCCACAUCUUCACAUUUCCUCUCCCAGAGGUUGAUCUUCUUCAUGAAUCCACACAUUUUGUCAUACAUGUUUUAGAAUGUGUAUGUCUUUACCUUGCAGCGUUAAAUAUCAGGGUGAGUUUUUUUUCUGAACACAUCAGCAAGAUGGGCACACCGGGCUUCCAUCACAGCCACGAGAGGGGGGGGGGGGGGGGGGGGGGGGGGGGGUGAGUGCUCAGACAGAAAAUCACUCACUUCGGGGGUGAGUGCUCAGACAGAAAAUCACUCACUUCGGGGGUGAGUGCUCAGACAGAAAAUCACUCACUUCGGGGGUGAGUGCUCAGACAGAAAAUCACUCACUUCGGGGGUGAGUGCUCAGACAGAAAAUCACUCACUUCGGGGGUGAGUGCUCAGACAGAAAAUCACUCACUUCGGGGGUGAGUGCUCAGACAGAAAAUCACUCACUUCGGGGGUGAGUGCUCAGGCAGAAAAUCACUCACUUCGGGGGUGAGUGCUCAGACAGAAAAUCACUCACUUCGGGGGUGAGUGCUCAGACAGAAAAUCACUCACUUCGGGGGUGAGUGCUCAGACAGAAAAUCACUCACUUCGGCGCGCAGCUCAAAAGCCUCUGUAGCGCUUUCCCUCUAGAUAGCCAACGGAAGUCCGCGUUAAGCAUUAGCUGCUGGUGCUCAGUCCCGCUGUCAUCACAGAGCCUUUCAAAACAGUCUGUGAUUCAGAAGGCUUGGACUGGAUGGAUAAAGUUAAUAAUCACUGACAUUGCGUCAUUCAAAACAUCGUGUAACUCAGGACUGAUGUUCUUGCUGGCCAACGCCUCUCUGUGGAUGAUACAUUGGGAUUGACCUUCUUUAUGUGGGCAAUUCAUCCUUUCACUCUCCCAGGCAUUGAUGCAGCACGAUCGGUGCACACAUGACACACAGGAUUUCCAAUCCCAGAUUGUGCUCUGAGAAAAAGCUGUCAAUAACGUAAAACACGUCCUCACCUGUAGAUCUCCCCGUUAGCUUCUUGCAGAACAGAAUGAGCUCAUUUUAAUUCCUGAAAUGUCUCUGUAUCGCACAAACGCAAUCAACAGGGCUUCCACACCGACAUCAGUCGAUUUCGUCCAACUGCAGGGAAAAUGGACUGGAAUUAAAAAAAAAUUUUUAUCACCAAUUCAUCAACAAUAUCAACGCCCAUGUCAUCGAUCCUACGGCACAGUGUAAUUUGACAAUGGUAACAGUCUUAAGUGCCUCAGCUGCUGUCUUAUCCUUGCAGAAACUGUGAUUUGAUAACAGCAUCAGGAUCUCUAGCGCGCAGAGCAGGGUUGCCAGGGUGAGCAAAAAAAAAAAAAAAAAAAUCCCAGUGACCACUCCAAAACCCGCAUGGAAACUAGACUCAUUUGUUUUUCCACAGGAAGAGAGGAGUUGCCAUAUUUACACUAAACCAUUUUUUCCAUAAAGUUAUCGAGCCAAUGAAGAAGGAAUAUCGUAGUAACAAAAUUCGUUUUUUUCCCCCUCAAAAUAAUAAUUAUUGCGAGCUAUGACAUGACGUAAUAAAGGAAUUUGAAUGUCGAAAGAGAGAAGAUAAUUCGCCCUUAUUAAACUCGCCAGAUCAUUUUACAUCAAUGGAUGUCGAUUUAACUCGUUUGAUUGCUAUGAUUAGGCAAUAAGGCACAAGGGGGUGUGGUAUAUGGCCGAUAUACCACGGCUAAGGGCUGAUCUUAAGCAUGAUGCAACACUAUUGCUAUUAUAAACUGGUUACCAACGUAAUUAGAACAGUACAAUAAUUUUUUUGUCAUACCAGCGGUAUAUGGUCUAAUCUACCACGGCUUUCAGCCAAUCAGUAUUCAGGGCUUGAACCAGGUUUUAUAAUUGUAAAUAAAUACCCUUUGCAUAACUAUAAAUAAAUAAAUCCGACAGGAGAGUGAUGAGUUGGACAGAGGACCUCAAUCUCUGAGCAAGAAACACAUGGAAGAACAUGAAUGUUAGGCUAUUUUCUGGCAAUUAUGUGCCAUAAUGUUAAGAUUACAAACCGUUAUAAAUGGCCUAAUUUAUUUGCGAGAUUGACUUGUCAUUUCAAUAGGCAUGGACUACAGACUCAAAUCUGGGUUUCUGAUUGUAAUUCAACUUUGACACGGUUUGCUUAGAUAAAGGCGGGUAGCCGAUUGCCCCCGAUAGGCCUACAUCUCAUUUCAGAUAGUCUACAGUAGACAAGAUGUAAACAAGAUGUAGACUGAACGACUUAGCAGCUUGCCUAGUUCAAAUGAACAGACUCGUUUAUUCAACAUGAAUAGCGAGGCGAUUUCGAGCUAAGUGCUUGCUUUUCCCAAUAGCCUGCUGGCUACUGAGGAUGGCUUCGUAAUUUCAAACACUGAAUUAAAUAUAAAUAAUUUGUAUAUAUAUGAACUGAAUAUGCUUGUCAACAACAGCCGGUGUUUAUUUUUUUUAGAAUUUGUUUUACCUGUAGCCUAAUAUGACUACUGUUACCGUCAAUCUAAUACGUUCUAACAACUGAACGGCAAUUGCGAUAGAGCUUUGAUAACUUCCAAUUUAAUUAACUAAACAUGUCAAUUUUUAAUAAUAAUUGCGUAAUAACACAAGGCUACAACAACAACAACAACAACAACAACAACAACAACAAACUGAAGUUAUAGGCUGUUUAUGACAUUGGUUUGCCAGCUCCAGGUAGGCUACACAAGUGGCACAUUGAUUUGCAUUGACUCCAGUGAUAUCCUCAUUUCAACAUAUUUAUUGUGUCAAAUGGUAGCCUACAUAUGAAUGAAUAGGCUACUUGAUGGCCAACAGAGGCAAAUGUCUCAUUCUCCACAUUUUAAUAUCAGUUACAUUGAGGACUUUUCCCCAUUUUUAAAAAGAACCUGGCGAGGGUGAUCGGGAACUUCCAUUUAAAAUCUCCCCCCCCGGACAGUCCCCUAGACCUGAGCAUGCGUAAAACCAGUAAUAAGCUUGGUACCGUUUUCUUUAAGCAAAUCAACAUUAGAAUGCAGUUUAAACAACCUCCGAGCGAAUUUAUGUAAUGCGCCAAAAGUCGUUUUCCAGUGCUGAGUCUCCAUUUUUUUAUUUUUUUAUUGAUGUGCAUCAGUUCUAGCGUAUGAAUGUUUUAUGGAAAAAGGGGUUGGAAAUAGGUGUCUCCAUAAUGACAAUCUAAAUAGCCUACCUACAACUGGUAAAGAGUUGUCACGACGUGCGCGCCUGCUGCUCCCUCUCCUCUCGCUCACGUAACUCAGCCAGUAGCUGUAGUGUUCUCACACACACACACACACACACACACCCCUCCGACCCUUCCCCGCCACUCACUCACUUUAUCACUCACUCUAUCACUCACUCGGCAGCAUCCUGCCUCACUGCCUGGCAGUCAGCAUCGGGUCACGGUGAAAUAUAUCAUUUUGCAUAGAAAUAUAAUGGCGGCCGCGGUGCAUUUUUUUUUUUAGAAAUGGCCCAAAAACCCAGCGACCAAUAACAUUUUCACCCGCGACGUCAUUUUCAAAAGUAGCCCAAUUUGCUAGAAAACUGCGAACGUUGCAACACUGGCGCGGAGCAAAGGACCACGUGCACUUGGCGCGAGAUGAGCAUCAAACAUUGAGCCAACGGGCGGGCGGAGGCCAGGUAGACGGAACGAUGGGCACACACCGAAACCAAAGUAGAAAAGUAGGCCUGUAAAUAACUAGAGAUUUCACUCCAAUGACCUCAGUAAAUAUUUCCGUCCAUAUUAAAAUUGAGAACUUGAAUACAUUUGUGGGGGUAAUAUUUCCCCUCCCCAAAAAAAUUAUUCACUUUUAAAAAAAUCUUCCAACUACCCCCUGGGGACUGCCCACGUACCCCUAGGGGUACACGUACCCCACGGUUGGGAAACACUGCUCUAGAUAUCAGAUAUGUAACAGAUAAUAGAUAGGCCAAAGAGCCACGUAUUCAGAGAGUUCUGCAUUAUGAAGCAUUUACAUGACAAUACAACAUUCUAUGGCAGCCAUAUUAGCGCCCGAUUUAACACUGCAUGGGUAAUAUAAUAUCUACAAGGAGCAUAGAGGCCUAUCCCAGCGUUAUUUCAUAAUGUUACAAUACAAUGGGGUCCGAAAUUACUGUAUAUAAUAAAUCAAAUACUGAGCUAAAUUGUGUGGAACAAAAAAAAACGGGGGGGAAAUAAUAUUAUUUUAUGUUAAUACAAUUGUCAAAAUUAUUGACACCGCUAAGGAUUCUUAGAAAUAAAAGAGUCAAAUGUUUUAAGUAUUUGGUCCCAUAUUCCUAGCACGCGAUGACUUCAUCAAACAUGUGACUCUACAAACUUGUCUGAUGCAUUUGCAGUUUGUUUUGGUUGUUUCAGACUAUUUUGUGCCUAAUAGAAAUGAAUGGUAAAUAAUGUACUGUGUCAUUUCAGAGUCACUUUUAUUGUAAAUAAGAAUAGAAUAUGUUUCUAAACACUUCUACAUUUAAUGUGGAUGCUACCAUGGUUACGGAUAAUCCCGACUGAAUCGCCAAUAAUGAUGAGUGAGAAAGUUACAGGGUCAAAUAUCAUACCCCCAAGACAUGCUAACCUCCCCUGGUAUUGGUAAUGGUGAGAAGUUGUCUUGGGGGUAUGAUAUUUGACCAUCUGUAACUUUCUCACUCAUCAUUAUUUAUAUUAUAUUCUUAUUUACAAUAAAAGUGAAUCCAAAAUGACACAAUACAUUAUUGACCAUAUAUUUCUAUUGGGCACAAAAUAAUCUGAAACACAACCAAAACAAACUGCAAAUGCAUCCAACAAAUGUGUAGAGUCCCAUGCCUGAUGUAGUCAUUGCGUUCUAGGAAUAUGGGACCAAAUACUAAACUUUUGACUACUUUACUUAUAAAAAAAUAUUUUUGUGUCAAUAAUUUUGACCCCUACCUUUUUUGAGGAAAACAAUUAUUACUUGUUAAGCAAAAUGUAUUUGUAUUAGUAUAAAAUAAAAUAAUUUCCCAAAUGUUUUUGAGCGCAGUAUUUUAAUUAUUUAUUUUAUACAGUCAUUAUUCCUCAUUUUUAUCAAGGGUAUCAAUAAUUUCGGACCCCACUGUCCAUAGCCUCGUUUAACUGUCCUGACGAGAGCACAGCAGUCAGGAUAACAAAUAUCUGCCCCUCAUUGUAAACAAACAUUUGAUUUCAAUUUCUACAAACCCAACGUAGUCGUCUUCAUCCUUUGCCCAAAACACGUCACUUCCUGAAACUCAUCUCACUGAAAUACCUUGUCGUUACUAGCUCUGACCUUGCCUUGAUAGCAGCUGUAAUGCACUAACUGUAAGUCUCUGGAUAAGAGCAUCUGCUAAAUGACUAAAAUGUAAAUGUUGUUGCGUGAUUAAGGACAAGGAGGUGGAGUGUGGAGGGGCUCCUCCCAGGGUGCUGGGAUUGGACGACUACUUCAUGACGGAGGUGGAGAAGAUGGAGAAGGACCCAGAAACAGGAAAACGAGUCAAACUCAAGGUCUGUCCUUCUGCUUUCCCUCUGACCUACUUACUUAAUCCUCUCUGUUCCUAUGUGGAGCCAUUUACAUCCUCUCUGUUCCUAUGUGGAGCCAUUUAAAUCAUCUCUGUUCCUAUGUGGAGCCAUUUACAUCCUCUCUGUUCCUAUGUGGAGCCAUUUAAAUCCUCUCUGUUCCUAUGUGGAGCCAUUUACAUCCUCUCUGUUCCUAUGUGGAGCCAUUUAAAUCCUCUCUGUUCCUAUGUGGAGCCAUUUACAUCCUCUCUGUUCCUAUGUGGAGCCAUUUAAAUCCUCUCUGUUCCUAUGUGGAGCCAUUUACAUCCUCUCUGUUCCUAUGUGGAGCCAUUUAAAUCCUCUCUGUUCCUAUGUGGAGCCAUUUACAUCCUCUCUGUUCCUAUGUGGAGCCAUUUAAAUCCUCUGUUCCUACUAUAUGUCGAGUUCCUGUACCUCUUAUAGAAUAUUAGCGGAAACAUAUUGAAGAGUUCCUGCACCAAAAUAUAAACCGUAGCGCCGCUCAAAAUGAGUACCGGCACCUAUUUCAGUCCGAGUCAAGCGCUAGGCUUCCGACCAGAGAGCGCUACUACUAUCUAGUUUAGUUAAAUACUAUCGCUCUGUAGAUAGAUGACUGUAGGCGUAAAAAGGCUACAUUUACACAGGCAGCCUAAUUCUGAUAUUUUUCCACUAAUUGGCCUUUUGCCCAAUCAGAUCAGCUCUUUUGCCACUAAUUGGGCAUAAGAUCAGAAUUGGGCUGCCUGUGUAAACGCAGCCAAAGAAGGCCUAAAGACAUGUAUAACGUGAUGGCUCACUGAAGCUAUUGUAAUACAUUAAGCAAAUGUCACCAUUUAGGUUAUGUAGUUCACGCAGGCUUUGCCAGGUGAUUUUCAUUUUCAUUGAUUUAUUUGUAAUGUAAUAUCAAUCCAUAACAUUUUCCCUUUUGUCAGUGUCUGGAAUACGAGUACGAAGCGGAGAUGGAAGAGACGUACAGGAACAGUAUGCUAAAAACCUUCAGGAAGACGCUAGACGACGGCUUCUUCCCCUUCAUCAUCAUCGACGCUAUUAAUGACAGGGUUAAAUACUUUGAUCAGUUCUGGAGUGCUGCCAAGACUAAAGGCUUCGAGGUGAGUUAACGUUUCAUAUCUUGAAAUAUCAAAAGAGAUGCAACCCCUACCUUCCAAUGUCCAAACUAGCAUACCGUUUAGAAUACAUGCCCAAGCCUCCCGAGUGGCGCAGAGGUCUAAGGCACUGCACCGCCAUUAUAGCCUCGGGUUCGGGAGACCCAUGGGGCGGUACACAAUUGGGCCAGCGCUGUCCGGGAUAGGGGAGGGUUUGGCCGGCCGGUAUUUCCUUGUCUCAUUGUGCUCUAGCGACACCUUGUGGCGGGCCGGGCGCCUGCAAGCUGACUUCGGUCGUCAGUUGGACAGUGUUUCCUCCCGACACGUUGGUGCAGCUGGCUUCCGGGUUAAGCAAGCAGUGUGUCACGAAGCAGUGCGGCUUGGUAACUACCAAUUGGCACGAAAUUGGGGAGAAAAAGGGUAUAAAAAUAAAUAAAUACAUGACUUCAUUUUUAAGUAGUAUCCUAGUGUUGAUAUUGGAACAGAGUUGGAUCUCUCUAAAAACCCAUACCAUACAUUCUUUGUACAUGACCUACAAUGAUUUGCAAAAGUAUUCAGACCCCUUCACAUUUUAUUGUGUUGCAAAGUGGGAUUAAAAUUGUAUUUUUAUGUCGACAAUCUACACAAAAUACUCUUUCAAAGUGGAAGAAAAAAUCAAACAUUUGUUAAUGAUUAAUAUAAAAUAAAUAACUAAAAUAUAGUUGUUGCAAAGUAUUCAGCUCCCGGAGUCAAUACAUGUUAGAAACACCCAAGUCUAUAAGAGCUUUGCACACCUGGAUUGUACAAUAUUUGAACAAUAUUAUUUUCAAAAUUCUUCAAGCUCUGUCAAGAUGUUGGGGAUCAUGGCUACACAGCAAUCUUCAAGUCUUUCCAUCGAUUUUCAAGCAGAUUUAAGUGAAAACUAUAACUUGGCCACUCAGGAACAUUCACUGUCUUCUUGGUAAGCAACUCUUGGCCUUCUGUUUUAAGUUAUUGUCCUACUGAAAGGUGAAUUUGUCUCACAGUAUAUGGUAUAAAGCAGACUGAAGCAGAUUUUCCUGUAGGAUUUUGCUUAGCUCCAUCCUGUUUCUUUUCAUCCUGAAAAACUCCCCAGUCUUUGCCGAUGUCAAGUAUACCCAUACCAUGAUGCAGCCAGCACCAUGCUUGAAAAUAAGGAGGCAGUUACUCUGUGAUGUGUUGUUGGAUUUGCCCCAAACAUAAAGCUUUUCAUUUAGGCCAAAAAGUGUAUUCCUGUGUUUUUUUUUGCAGUAUUACUUUAGUGCCUUGUUGCUAACAGGAUGCAUGUUUUGGAAUAUUUUGAAUAUGUAUAUUUGUAUUCUUCUUUUCACUCUGUCAUUUAGGUUAGUAUUGUGGCGUCACUACAAUGUUGUUGAUCCAUCCUCAGUUUUCUACCAUCAAAGCCAUUGAACUCUGUAGCUGUUUUUUUAAAUCACCAAUGGCCUCGUGGUGACAUCCCUGAGCAGUUUCAUUCCUGUCCUGCAGCUCAGUUCAGUAGGACGACUGUAUCUUUGAUGUGCCUGGAUGGUUUAAUAUAUAAUAAUUAUUAACUUGACCAUGCUUAAAGAUUAUAUUCAUUAUUAUUAUUAUUAUUAUUAUCUGAUUUAUUGUUACCCAUAUACCAAUCACUGCCCUUCUUUGAGGCUUUCUAAAAUCUUGCUGGUCUUUGUAGUUGAAGCUGUGCUUGAAAUUCAAUACUUGACUGAGGGACCUUACAGAUGUACGGGUGACAGAGGACGUGUUAGUCGUUCAAAAAUCAUGGCAACCCCUAUUAUUUGACACAGUGAGUCCAUGUAGCUUAUGUGAUUUGUUAAGCCAAAUGUUAUUCCUGGACUAAUUUUAGGUUUGCGUAAACAAAGGGGCUGAAUACUUAUGCAAUGUCUGUUUUAGUUAGUUUAGUGUUUCUUACACUUUGAUAUUAGAGUAUUUUGUUUAGAUGGUUUCAAAAAAAGACAAUUAAAUCCAUUUUAAUCCCACUUUUGUAACACAAUAAAAUGUGAUGAAAUCCAAGGGGUCUGAAUACUUUAGCAAGGCCCUGUAUAUUAUAAACGUAUACAAUGUUUUAUUUUCUUAGGUGUACUUGGCUGAAAUCUCGGCAGACUAUCAGACUUGCGCUAAAAGAAAUGCCCACGGGCGGAAGAUUAAGGAUAUUCAAAAGGUACUGUGCUGAGUGCCCUUUGCGUCCACAAGCGCAGAGCUCUCAUACAUUUUCAAUGGUAUCGGGUGUCGUAUUUCUCAAGGCAUCGCAUUGAUAUUGUCAGUGAUAGACCAUACAUAUUGCUUAUUCAUUUUAUGUUCUCCGAUGUACUAUUAUUCAGUAUGUGACAGGGACAAGUCCAUAAGUAUGUUGAUUCAUUUUUAUAUUUUUAGCUAUAAUUAUUUUCUGUUGUGUGUGUGUGUAUAGAUGUCCAGUAACUGGGAAUCGUCUCCACGUCACAUGGUGCGCCUGGAUAUCCGCUCUUUGCUUCAGGAUGCUGCUAUUGAGGAGGUAUGUAGUAUGGAAACAUACAUUUUUAUCACUAUGUCGGGCUAAUGGUUUUCUAUUAAUUGAGACUUAAUGAAAUACAGCUUAGGUGUCAAUAAAUACAGCGAGGUUCUGGGUUCCUGUUAUAAAAGUGGACCUAGUCCUCUCUGGCAGAGGAUGAGGACCAGGGAAAUGAGGUCAACGCUAUCCUCAAUGACUAUAGAUGCACUGUGUCCUCUUGUGUAGCUGUAAUAUAUUGUCUAUAUAACAAUAUAUGCCAUUUAGCAGAUGCUUUUUAUCCAAAGCGACUUAGUCAUGCGUGCGUACAUUUUACCCUGGUGUUACAAGCGCCAUACCCUACCAACUGAGCUACAGAGGACCAUACCAAAUUCAAUAGAAACAUAUUUGUAUUUUAAGGUUGAGAUGGAAGACUUCAAUCCUGAUGACGAGCCGCUGACGGAGCCCAAGAAGAAGACUGAGGAGGAGGAAGAAGACGUUAAGGUAGGACCCAGCCCUGUAUAGGUGGUGGUCAAUGUUCCUAAACAUGCCCUUAGAGUUACCAUCCUGUAGUCUUUCACAUCUUAUCAACCAGCUAAUCAGGUGUACUAGAUUAGGGUUGGAGAGCCCUGGUGUAAACCUACAGGAGGGUAGCUCUCCAGGAACAGGGUUGGAGAGCCCUGGUGUAAACCUACAGGAGGGUAGCUCUCCAGGAACAGGGUUGGAGAGGCCUGGUGUAAACCUACAGGAGGGUAGCUCUCCAGGAACAGGGUUGGAGAGUCCUGGUGUAAACCUACAGGAGGGUAGCUCUCCAGGAACAGGGUUGGAGAGUCCUGGUGUAAACCUACAGGAGGGUAGCUCUCCAGGAACAGGGUUGGAGAGCCCUGGUGUAAACCUACAGGGCGGUAGCUCUCCAGGAACAGGGUUGGAGAGGCCUGGUGUAAACCUACAGGAGGGUAGCUCUCCAGGAACAGGGUUGGAGAGGCCUGCACCAGAAACCUAUUAGUCCAUUUGAUAUGGUCACACUCCGUGUCGUUGCAGUGAGCAGACAUGCUAGGUUGCUUGCAGGUACAGUGAGUGACUUGAUGACAUUAAGCCCUUGGCUCUUUUAAAGACUGUUGACGAAUGUCAGAACUGCAGCUACAGAAGUAAAUCGUUUUAGGUCAAGAAGCUGAAUUCUCUGGUUGAUGUAAUUAUUUAUUUUUUUUGGCCUUGUUUGGUCGAUUUUAAUAUACUCUGUGUCCUGAGAUUAAUCAUAUUUAUAAAAACAAUUCUCAAAACACGAAUGAUAACUUCACAGAAACUUUUGCGAAGUCAAACAUCCUAUACAGCGAUACAUAAUGCAAGCGCACCAGAAUGAGGAAUGAUCGUGGGAUUUGGAAACGUGAUCAAAAUGGAGAAAGCAGUGUUGUCUAAUGGUUAGUGCCCCUGACCGACCCCGACACACACACAUUUACCGACCCACAACCCUUCAACUCUGACCUUUCCUGUCCUAUCUGUUCAAUAAAACCACAAAAUAACUGAAGGAGUGGGAUUUUCCACCUAUUAAAAAAAUAAAUAUAUAUAUAUAUAUAUAUAUAUAUAUAUAUAUAUAUAUAUAUAUAUAUAUAUAUAUAUAUAUAUAUAUAUAUAUAUAUAUAUAUAUAAAUAAGAUUCUAAAUAUAUAAAUAGAUGAAUCAUUCAGGGUAACCUUUGCCGAGGUAAUGUGGAUGGGUGCUGAGGAAAAUGGUUGUAAGUGAUUAGAAAUAUCCCAGAUUUUUCUUUGAUUGUUAAUCAAAUAAGCCUAAAUUAGUUCUAGAUUUCUUCUGUAAUCAAACUCUACUUGAGUAAGACAACAGUUUGAUGCCAUGGAUUUAGUUCCUUACUAUAUGGUAAGUAUAGGCAAUAGCAUUUAGAGUUCGAUUCAGAGAUUCCCAUUAACUUUUUCCAAAGCGUGAUAAAUCUUGGAAAGUCUUUUGAUGAACACGUCCUAUCUCUAAUUCAUAUAGUUGUUGUGAUGCAGUAAAUGGGAGACCCAUGUAAAACUCUAUUGUGGUAUGUUGGCCAAACUUUCAAAUUGUAGGUAAUCAAAUUGAUUGAAGAUCUGUAUUGUUGAAGAUUCCUCCUGAAGCACACGUGACGUUUCACAUGCUUCUGUCAUAAAACUUGACUUCUUGACAAGACUAGCCUACUAGCACUUCUUUUAGGCUGAUAUUCAGCAUCAUUCAAUUUGAAAAAUGUGAUGAUGAGAUCAGCCAUGUAUGCAUCAAUCAAACAAUACAUGUAACUUUGUUUUUUUUACCAACAUAAGGGUAAUUUUAAACUGGUUAACAUUUUAAAGAUGGCAUAGGCCUACUCACAAUACAGGUAUGCAUAUUCAAUAGGAGUGUAUGCAUGCAUUGAGUUAUUGAGCUUGCUUUGGCUGAUUUCACGGGGCUACAGAUGACAAUCUGUUUCCCCUCCAUUUGGGACUUGUAUUAGUCUACUGAUCAACAUGAUUUGCAUAGAAGCAUCACUGCAGCAGGUCACGCCUGUAUGGAAGGCCAUCAUAUAGUUACUGCUGUUAGUUUGACAAUACAAAUUAACAUCUAUUCAAUUCAAAUGGGUCUAACGUAACGUCAUGAUUUGUGACCACGGAUGCUUAUGAAACUAGUGGUUUUAGUUAUUUUCCGUUAUUGGGGAAAAAAAUACUUUUUUUUUUUUCUGCUGUCAGGACGCAUCUCUUAACAACUCCAGCUGCCAGGACGAAAUUCGAAACGACUCAAUUGGCUAGUUCAGUUAUCUGUCAAGAAAUAAGCGGAUUGUAAUUUAGAGCGAGGCUGUAACUCCGCUCCCUUUUCACAUCUCCUCACAUCGCUCUCCAGCACUCAUCACUUACUGCUGUUUACUCCUACUAUGAGAACUAGCUCAUUGGCGAUGACAUUUGCUACCAAGCCAUAAAUGUGCAAAAUAUCUAACAAGGAGAGCAAGGGUAGGGAAAAAGAUGAAACAAAAAUGCAGGUUCUGUCUGAAUGACUCAAAUCUGCCCGUAGUUUGAUAAGUGAAAACGCACACACGCUGAUCUACAGUUUUCUUGGUCCAUAAACCAAGCCAGUAUUAAAAAUGUAUGCACUCACUAACUGUAAGUCGCUCUGGAUAAGAGCGUCUGCUAAAUGACUAAAAUGUCAAAUGUAAAUAAACGUGCAGGAAGAUUCUUAGGUAGCUAAACGUAUUGCCAACCUUUUUUAUUUAGGAAUUUUAAAACACUUCCUUCUUUCCUUAUUAUGACAAUCAUCUAAUCCAACUAUCAACUGUAAAUUUACGGAUACAAUUGCGGCUGGUCAGAUUAGCACACCAGUAAAUAGCUAACGUUACACUGCAAGUCAGAUGGCUCAUUGCCGAAGAUGGUGCAUCUUCAAAAUGAUAACCAGCUAACGUUAGCUAGCUACGUUGGCUAGUAGCGCCUAUCUGAUAUCUUAGCACCAUGUUUAUCUAGCCAGCUAGCUAGCAUACUAGCCAACACCACAGAUGAAAGGGUUAGUUAUCGUAAUCUUUGCUAACAGGUCACAUAGCUAUCUGCUUGGCUAGCUAGCUUGCUUAUUUCAUACAUGUCCAGGUACGUCGACACAAUACUUAUUAUUAGUCAACUAAACUAAUAUUUGGAUUUUGGUCACUGUGUCAGUUCAUCCAUUUCUCAGUACUGCACCUUUCACUCCAUUCUUCCAGCUAGACAGUCCUCAGCAUUGUGUAAUGCUCAGUGGCGGCUGGCAUAGCAGCAGUUUUGCUAUGUAGAGGGACUAUCGGCUAAGCUGAUAGAGAAGGGCCGAUUUAGUCUAGAAAAGGCCAAUAUCGGCCCGAUAUAUCGGCUCAGCCGGUUUAUCGUUUGUUCUCUAAUUUCUGAUGCAAAUAACGGAUAUGACUUGAUAAUAUGCACUUCCACAGUCCAGUUGAUAACGAGUUGUGAAGCUAUUUCUACAAACAGCACCAUGGUAAAGUUUUGCUAUGUCAUGUUUUUCUCAUGUACAGUGCCUUGUAAAAGUAUUCAUCCCCCUUAGCGUUUUUCCUAUUUUGUUGCAUUACAACCUGUAAUUUAAAUGGAUUUUCAUUUCAUGUAAUGGACAUAAACAAAAUAGUCCAAAUUGGUGACGUGGAAUGGAAAAAAAUUACUUGCUUCAAAGAAUUCUAAAAAAUAAAUAACGGAAAAGUGGUGCGUGCAUAUGUAUUCACCCCCUUUGCUAUGAAGCCCCAAAUUAGGUCUGGUGCAACCAAUUACCUUCAGAAGUCACAUAAUUAGUUAAAUAAAGUCCACCUGUGUGCAAUCUAAGUCUCACAUGAUCUGUCACAUGAUCUCAGUAUAUAUACACGUGUUCUGAAAGGCCCCAGAGUCUGCAACACCACUAAGCAAGGGGCACCACCAAGCAAGCGGCACCAUGAAGACCAAGGAGCUCUCCAAACAGAUCAGGGACAAAGUUGUGGAGAAGUACAGAUCAGGGUUGUGUUAUAAAAAAAUAUCAGAAACUUUGAUCAUCCCACGGGGCACCAUUUUUAAAUCCAUUAUUAAAAAAUGGAAAGAAUAUGGCACCACAACAAACCUGCAAAGAGAGAGCCGCCCACCAAAACUCACGGACCAGGCAAGGAGGGCAUUAAUCAGAGAGGCAACAAAGAAACCAAAGGGGGGACCAGUAUGAAAAAUGUAUGCACUCACUAACUGUAAGUCGCUCUGGAUAAGAGCGUCUGCUAAAUGACUAAAAUGUAAAAUGUACACGUCGAUCCAGAACAUCCCAAACAUGCUCAAUGAGUGACAUGUCUGCUGAGUAUGUAGGCCAUGGAAGAACUGGGACAUUUUAAAGUUUCCAGGCAUUCUGUACAGAUCCUUACGACAUGGGGCCGUGCAUUAUCAUGCUAAAACCUGAGGUGAUGGUGGUGCAUGAAUGGCACGACAAUGAGCCUCAGGAUCUUGUCACGGUAUUUCUGUGCAUUCAAAUUGCCAUCGAUAAAAUGCAAUUGUGUUUGUUGUCCGUAGCUUAUGCCUGCCCAUACCAUAACCCCACCGCCACCAUGGGGCACUCUGUUCACAACAUUGACAUCAGCAAACCAUUCACCCACAUUUCCCCGGUAGUUGAAACUGGGAUUCAUCCAUGAAGAGCACACUUCUCCAUCAUGCCAGUGGCCAUUGAAGGUGAGCAUUUGCCCACUGAAGUCUGUUAUGAUGCUGAACUGCAGUCAGGUCAAGACCCUGGUGAGGACGACGAGCACGCAGAUGAGCUUCCCUGAGAUGGUUUCUGACAGAUGGUUGUGCAAACCCACAGUUUCAUAAGCUGUGUGGGUGUCUGGUCUCAGACGAUCUCGCAGGUGAAGAAGCUGGAUGUGGAGGUCCUGGGCUGGCGUGGUUACACAUGGACUGUGGUUGUGAGGCCUGUUGGACGUACUGCCAAAUUCUCUAAAACUACGUUGAAGGCGGCUUAUGGUAGAAAUAUUGACAUUACAUUUUCUUGAAACAGCUCUGGUGGACAUUCCUGCAGUCAGCAUGCCAAUUGCACGCUCCCUCAACUUGAGACAUCCUGACAGGUGUGGCAUUGUGUUGUGUGACAAAACUGCACAUUUUUAGUGGCCUUUUAUUGUCCCCAGCACAAGGUGCACCUGUGUAAUGAUCAUGCUGUUUAAUCAGUUUCUUGAUAUGCCACACCUGUCAUGUGGAUGGAUUAUCUUGGCAAAGGAGAAACGCUCACUAACAGUGAAAUAAACUAAUUUAUGCACACAAUUUGAGCGAAAUAAGCUUUUUGUGCGUAUGGAACAUUUCUGGGAUCUUUUUAUUUCAGCUCAUGAAACAUGGGACCAACACUUUACAUGUUGUGUUUUAUAUUUUGUAUUCAGUGUAUUAGAAAUGGUUACAGCUACAGUACACCAGGAAAUAACUCUCACUCAGAAGUUGAAUUGGAUUGGACAUUAGGAAAAUAUCAUGCUACAGGGUUUGGGUCAAUUUCAGUCAAUUCAGAAAGUACACCAAAUUCCACGUUUCCCUCAUUGAAAAUCAAUGAAGGGAAUUGUAAUGUCAGUGUACUUUCUGAGUUGACUGGAAUUUAAAUAGAAUUUACCCCAACCCUGCCGGAACUCACUUCUCCAUUAGUUUUGUGCUGUUAGUAACAAGGUAUCCUCGUCCCCAGGCUAGUGCUGCAGAAUGUAGACAGACACAGAGCGCAGACUGGUGGACGAGGUUAGGGACAAGGGGGAUUGUCUGUCGGAGCGCCUUUCAACAUGCCGUGGUCAUUUUGUCAGCACUAAAUCGGCAGGGGAAGUGACUGCCCUUACUGAAAAGCAGGCUUCUGGCAAACAGUUGUGGCAAACUUUUGGCCAAUUUGAUCAUUUUUCACCUGCAAAUUUAGUUUUGUGGCAAACUGUUGCAGUACAUUUGCGACUUGUAAACAAAUUCUGGGAAACUUGUGGCGAACAUUCUGCUGUUUGAUGCAAAUGUGCUGCGAACUCUGUAUGAAUAUGUAAGUUAAUUCAGGUUUUUGGUUACUGUGUGUGAACAACAUUGAAAUGCAUCUACAUAACCAAAUCACAUCAUUUUAAAUUAACUUGCUUCUCACAGAGAACUAAACAUAUUAAAUGUAGUAAAUAUACUAAACAAAACAUUCAAUUUAUUCAAUGUCUUAACAGACAGUCAUCAGUUGAUGAAGUUGCUAUGCUUCUCACUGAAACUGGCAUUCUAUUUUUCAGCAAGGAAACAAUGUUUCUGCCUUGUAUAAAUGUUAUAUAAACAAACGAUGUAGCUAGCAUAAACUGGGACUUAGGCCUACUAAAUGUACCUUUGAAUGUGUGGCCAACUGUUCCUAGAGUAUACAAUAUUUUUCACCAGCCAAGCCUCAACACAACUGAUUCAAACUAAUCAACUAAUUUUGAUAUUCAAUCUAGACUGGGGACUUCAUCAUUGAGAGACAGUUGUCUCUUCUUCCUGACUCAAGUGUAUAUGGCUUGGGUGGAAGAAAAGCAACUUAAAAUUGAGCUAUGUCUAAUAUGGCAAUUCAUAUAAUAUUUCCUAAAUUAAUUGUUCACUUGCAUCUCAAAUCCAUGCAUGUAAGAAGCCUUGACCUGGUGCACACAUUUCUGUCUUCAGUUUGAUUGAAGGCCUCAAUCUGUUUUUGUUUUUUUGCCUGGUAACUGAUACCUUCUAGAGAGGAGGAACAACACAUGAUCAAGAUGAGCUAGCUACUAGUUUAAAGCAAUGAAAGAUCCAAUUGUUACAAAUAAUGAAUGUAUGGGCUACAUUUUAUGAGAAUAAUACAAGCAUUUGCUUACCAUAUCAAGCUUGAAGAUGAUACUCAUUUAUAACUCAAAAAAGUGAGUGAGUGCAUCACAAACAUCUUUCCAGGGUGUUGAUGCAUCCUUCUCCCAAUACAGCCUCUUCCAACACCACGGGCAGGGGAAGGGUAUCCAUCUUGCUUUGAUGUCAAGUCCGCUCAUAUUAUUGCUACCUUUAGCUGUUGUGCUAGCUAACAUGCUACUGAACCGUGACACUAGCAUAUUGACAUGCAUAUUGAUAUUAAAAGACAGCAACGUAUUCACCUAAAAAGUGUUUAGGCAAAUCAUUAGUUAGCUAGGUAGCUAUCACAUUAAUAGUGCAAAAAUAUGAUUGCUAACUAAGCGCUAGCCAGUCAUUGGCGCUGACAGAUUGAAACUGGUAUCAACAAAAUGUGUUUCACUCUAUCCCUUAAAACAUGACAUUGCUAACUAGGCAUCAAUUAGCUAACAUAAUUUUUACGUUUAUUAGGAAGUUUAAUGAAUAAGUUAGACACUCACUGGACAACUUUGGUAGGUAGCUAGCUAGCUAGAUAGCUUGGUUUCCAUUUUCCAACAGCAUUUUCUAGUCCCCCUGAUUGGUCGUCAACGGUUACUGGUCUUGGAACUGAUGUGUUCACCAGAAAUGGCUUUUGGUAAACUAUUUGCCGCUAUUGGCAAUAAAUAUUGUUGCCACAGGUUUGCCACAUACUCAAAUAGAAUCUUGAGAGAAUUUUUUGCCAGAAAAAUAACUCUGACGAACUGUUUGCCACUUGUGGCAAUAAAUAUUAUUGUUGCCAAAGGUUUGCCGCACAUUCACCACUAGUGGCAAAAAUUUGCUAACUUCUGGCAAUAUUUUGUGGCACACCAUGUAGUUUGCAGCAAAUUUGUGACAAAGUUACGGGAAGUUUGCCUCAACAAAUUAAUUUUUUCUAAGUGUGAUUUUUGAAUAUAAAAGUAUUUGAAGCAUAUUAAAGUAGUAUUUAUGGAGCCAUAUCCGAGGCUGUGUAUGGAGCCGUAUCAGAGGCUGUACAUUUUUUAGGGUAAAAAAAAUUUAAUUUAUAAAAAGUGUCACUACUUUUACAACAUGUAUUUUUUUUGUACUUUCCAACUUUGUUAACUGUAGCUGUGCUAUAGUACUAACUGUAAAUAAAUGGGAUUAUGACAAAAAUGCUUAGAUAAAUUGACUAAAUUCAUAUUGUUUUUUUUUUAUGCAUAGUUUUGGAGCAUUUGACGUGAUUUAGCGACCUAAACACAAAAUAUAAAAGUUAGACUUAUUACAAUGGUAGCUGUUCGAAAGCACUCACUAUUAACUUCAGUUGUGACAAGUUGCAUUUUUAUUUAUUUUUUACAAUUAAACGCUUCAUGUUUUUAAAGUUGGCACUUGUCCUUUGGAACAUACUAUAGUUGGCGCAAGUUUCUCCAUACCUGUAUUUAAGGAAAUUGCUGGAUCCACUACAGGUAUCUGUGUUGUAGCAAAUGGUUGGGGAGGUUAAAGGUUAAAUAACUAGCCGGAUUUCGACCUUUUCUAACAUGCGUUUAGAACUGAAGAGGUUUUAGUCAGAAUACAUGUUUUGCACACGCUUCAUUUAUUUACAAAAUACUGCAGAAUCAAAUACUAUUAAUGUCCAACUUGUGUAUACCAGUGUUGUGUUUUUCUUCAGUAGGGCAACUAGGCAAUAUCAUCUAAUGAGCUCGUUUCAACUUUGGUGUCCUACCAAACGUGGAACCACGAUUUAACACAGUGUUGAUGAAAUCUAGUUGUUGUGCUAGCUCUUGCAGUAGGCUAGCUUGUGUAUCAACUAGCCGGUUUCUAAAGUCAUAACUGUCUCUAAAUGCUUUGAUCAUGGCUUACACCAAAGGCACAUCCUCUCAACUGAGGUGUCAUAAUGACAUCUGACAUCGUUUGCAUGCCAACAUCUUUAAAGCUAUUUCAUUAUGUCUCAUGUCGUGCCAUUCUUGCGAUUUUUUUUGUCGUGAUUUGUACUAGUAUUGUUUGAUUAACCUAACUAUUUGAACGCCUUCUCUCCCGUCACCGAAACCCUUCCCCACCCUCUCUCUCUCUCUCUCUCUCUCUCUCCUGACCCCUAGCUCCUCCCCCUGACCCCUAGCUCCUCCUCCUGACCCCUAGCUCCUUGCCAUUCCGAGGCCUAACGGUUGCGGUCUCUUCUCUGUAUAAUUUAGGGUUACAUUCCACAAAGCAAAUGGGAGAUGGACACUUCUGAUGCGAAACUCGGUAGGUAUUCCCUCUUACUAAUGUACAUGAUGUUCACUAACAACUCUAGCUUCCAGUUGAUGUUCCUGUUGCGCCACAGUGACAUUCUCUUCAACUCCAUAUUUUUUUUUUUUUUCAGACCUCUCGUCGGGGAACCCCCCAGACGUUUCACAAUUUGGUUGUAGGCCUAAACUAGUUCACCUGAUUUUAAGUAGUCAAUGUCUUGAUAACUAGUUGGCUAAUUGAAUCAGGUGUGCUAACUCUGGAAUGGUUCAAAUACAUGGAACGUCUGGGGGGGUCCCGAAGGAGAGGUUUUGACACCUGUUGUCUAAACAGUUUCCAGUCUCCUCAUUAUAGACGAAUAUGCAGAAAUGCUGAAUACAAAUGAUCUGAUCAAAAUACACAGAUGUGAUCAAAAUAGUACAUUUCAAAUAAAUAACAUCAACUCAUAUUCACAAAAACCAUUUGCGCUUGCUUUAAACUGUGCACACAGUUUGAAGGGCAAAAGGGUGCUCAACUCUCCUUGCUUCAAUAUCAAAAUGAGAGGCAACUCUUUGAGGGGAUCCUUGGCAAUAAAAUCGGACAACGUGGAAAGUUUCUUAAGAACAUUCAAAAUAUUUAUAGUCGGAAACAAGAAACGGCAUGACACAGAAUCUAAUCGGCAUGGUCAUCGUCGUCACGGUGACAAUGUCAUCAGUGAAGUAGCUAGUAUUUAUUAUUUUGCUGAGUCGUGAGGUGACGUGGCGAGCGCUCUUCUCCUUACAGACAAGCUGGACGGCCUGGUGAUGGGGGGAAAGAGGAAGAGGGAGGGAGAUGACAUGGCAGGCAUGGAGGACUUUCUUCAGCUGCCAGACGACUACGCCACGCGCCACUCUGAGCCCGGCAAGAAGAGGGUAAAGUGGCAUAUACCAUAUUUUUUAAAUCCUGUCUUACCUGUUUCUCUUUAACAGACAUUUUGAUUGUUUGACAUUUCCCAAAACAUCUCCAUGUUGCAUCUUAUUUAUAAUAUUGUUUUAUGUAACCUUUUAUUUAUUUAGGCAACUCUGUUCUUAUUUACAAUGACAGCCUGACUGACCAUAGAAUAUGGUUUGCAGACCAUAAAAUGUGAUCGUUUGACCAGUCACAACAUCUCUGUAAUCCAAGGCGCCUGGAGAAUUUCAUCACAAAAUCAGGAUUAUCUAUUGGUGAAAAAUGUGGAUUUGAUCGUGGUUUGGUGUGCUCCCUAAAUACUGUUUCGCAAAAUUACUAGAAUAUUUAAAUUGAAAUGCAAUGUCAGACCAGCUAGCUAGCAUGAACAGAACAUUGCCUACUCCUCGUCCUUUUCCUGCUCAUGACCCCCGCUGGAUGUUUUCCUUCCUGUCCUCUAGGUUCGCUGGGCUGACCUCGAAGAGCAGAAGGACGCCGAACGCAAGCGUGAUAUCGGCUUUGUGGUGGGUCAAACAGACUGGGAGAAAAUCACAGACCAGAGUGGACAGAUAGCUCAGAGAGCUCUCAAUCGCACUAAGUAUUUCUAAUAACAGAAGAUCACUGUCCUCACCCCUGCUUCUUGGUUUAAAGGUAUGUCCAUUUAAAUUCUAUGAAUAAUCUAAUUUGAUACAGUAUUGCCAUGUUUUUGGAGUGCCAUUUAUGUAAUGACAUGUCUUUGUUUAUUACAGUUAGGAGAGAAGGCUAGUAGUUAUUUUGACAGAAUUAGGGGGUUAUGAAACCUAUGUUCUAUGUGAAAGCACCCAAGUAACUACUGUUUUUGGCAAAAAGCGAUGACUUAAAUCUUGACUGAGAUGAUGCAUCUACACUGAACAAAAAUAUAAAGGCAAAAAUGCAACAAUUUCAAAGAUUUUACUGAGUUAGUUCAUAUAAGGAAAUCAAGUCAAUCGAAAUAAAUUCAUUAGGCCCUAACCUAUGGAUUUCACAUGACUAGGAAUACAGAUAUGUACCUCUUGGGUCACAGAUACCUAAAAACAAAGGUAGGGGCGUGGAUCAGAAAACAAGUCAGUAUCUGGUGUGACCACCAUUUGCCUCAUGCAGCGCGACACAUCUCCUUCGCAUAGAGUUGAUCAGGCUGUUGUUGAUUGUGGCCUGUGGAAUGUUGUCCGACUCGUCUUCUAUGGCUGUGCGAACCAGUGGAGGCUGGUGAGGGGAGAAGGGCUCAUAAUAAUGGCUGGAACGGAGCGUUUCAUGUUUUUGAUACCAUUCCACUUAUACCACCAACCUCCUCUGACUGGAACGCGCUGUCGUACACGUCGAUCCAGAGCAUCCCAAACAUGCUCAAUAAGGUGACAUGUCUGGUGCGUAUGCAGGCCAUGGAAGAACUGGGACAUUUUCAGCUGGAAUUGGAUACAGAUCCUUGCGACAUGGGGCCGUGCAUUAUCAUGCUGAAACAUGAGGUGAUGGCGGCGGAUGAAUGGCACGACAAUGGGUCUCAGGAUCUCGUCACGGUAUCUCUGUGCAUUCAAAUUGCCAUCGUUAAAAUGCAAUUGUGUUUGUGGUCCGUAGCUUAUGCCUGCCCAUACCAUAACCCCACCGCCACCAUGGGGAACUUUGUUCACAACGUUGACAUCAGCAAACCGCUCGCCCACACGACGCCUCUGUCAUCUGCCAGGUACAGUUGAAACUGGAAUUCAUCUGUGAAGGGCACACUUCUCCAGCAUGCCAGAGGCCAUCGAAGGUGAGCAAUUGCCCAUUGAAUUCGGUUACGACGCCAAACUGCAGUCAGGUCAAGACCCUGGUGAGGACAGCGAGCACGCAGAUGAGCCAGUCAGGUCAAGACCCUGGUGAGGACAGCGAGCACGCAGAUGAGCCAGUCAGGUCAAGACCCUGGUGAGGACAGCGAGCACGCAGAUGAGCCAGUCAGGUCAAGACCCUGGUGAGGACAGCGAGCACGCAGAUGAGCCAGUCAGGUCAAGACCCUGGUGAGGACAGCGAGCACGCAGAUGAGCCAGUCAGGUCAAGACCCUGGUGAGGACAGCGAGCACGCAGAUGAGCCAGUCAGGUCAAGACCCUGGUGAGGACAGCGAGCACGCAGAUGAGCCAGUCAGGUCAAGACCCUGGUGAGGACAGCGAGCACGCAGAUGAGCCAGUCAGGUCAAGACCCUGGUGAGGACAGCGAGCACGCAGAUGAGCCAGUCAGGUCAAGACCCUGGUGAGGACAGCGAGCACGCAGAUGAGCUUCCCUGAGAUGGUUUAUGACAGUAGGUGCAGAAAUGCUUUGGUUGUGCAAAUCCACAGUUUCAUCAGUUGUCUGGGUGGCUGGUCUCAGAUGAUCCCGCAGGUGAAGAAGCUGGAUGUGGAGGUCCUGGGCUGGCGUGGUUACACAUGGUCUGCAGUUGUGAGGCCGGUUGGACGUACUGCCAAAUUCUCUUAAAACAACAUUGGAGGCAGUUUAUGGUAGAGAAAUGAACAUUCAAUUCUCUGGCAACAGCUCUGGUGGACAUUCCUGCAGUCAAUUGCCAAUUGACUGCAAAACUUGAGACAUCUGUGGCAUUGUAUUGUGUGACAAAACUGCACAUUUUAGUGGCCUUUUAUUGUCCCCAGCACAAGGUGCACCUGUGUAAUGAUAAUGCUGUUUAAUCAGCUUCUUGAUAUGCCACACCUGUCAGGUGGAUGGAUUAUUUUGGCAAAGGAGAAAUGCUCACUAAAAGGGAUGUAAACAAAUGUGUGCACAAAAUUUGAAAGAAAUACGCUUUUUGUGCGUAUGGAAAAUGUCUGGGAUCUUUUAUUUCAGCUUUAUUUCACACGUUUACAUGUUGCGUUUUUAUAUUUUUGUUCGGUGUAGUUAAAUUGUCACCAUUUUUAUAACGCAUAACAAAACACUGUUUUUUUUUCAUCCGUUAUCUAUUACGGUUGCCUAAUUUUAACAUUGAAGGAAUAUAUAUAUUAUGUUCUUGUAAGAUCAGUAAUUGAAAAGUCAAUUGGAUGUAUGUAGCAAUUGCAGAUUACCCCAUUUUUAAUAUUUGUGGCAUAUUUUUCAAUCAGUUUUCUUUUUUCCUCUAGGUCUGCAGACUGAAUAUCCUGAACCGAAUUCUCAAAAAAACACAAGUCAUCAAGACUGCACACCGACGUUUAGGAAAUACAUAGUUGUUUUAUUCCAUUAUUAGAAUACAGGAUAGCUUUAUCUUGCGUUAAAGACAUUUCUUGAUCUUCAUUUAGAAUAUUUGUAGAUGAUUUCCCUUCGUCCUAUGCUUUCGGUGGUAAGAUCAGUGUGCUUCUCAUUUUAUACUGUACAAGCUGUAAUGUCUACCUGUAAUGUUAGCACUGUUGCUUAUUUUAAGAGAGAAACUGAAGUAACAAUAAAGGUUUCACACCAAAAACAACCAGGAGAGUAUCUUGUGAGUGAUCAUGUGGGCCACACCAUGGAGAAUCUUCUGUGAUGUCGUCUGUUUUCAUGUGGACCACAUUCGGUAGAACCUCCAAAGAUACAAACCUCAUUCUUUUGGUGAUAUUUAUUUUUUAUUUUUUUGUG